CUGACCGGCCGGCCGGCCACUCAGAGGGCCGGCGGGAGGCUGCCGAGGGCUGCUUUCUGGCCGCAGGAGAGGCGAGGGCAGCCCGAAGAACCGCAGCAACAGCAGCAGCGCCGCCGCCGCCUCCUCCUCUCCCCUCUCCAUAAGAACACACACCCGCACCGCCACCCUCGCGCUUAGUUACAACCGGUUUGCACCGGCCGCCGCUGCCUCUCUCUCUCUCUCUCCCGGCACAACAAGCGCGGGUUCUUCCCCCUCCACCUUGGAGGAGAGCCGGGCGCUGCCUGGCUGGCGAGCUGCAGGCGACCCCUCGCUUCCCUCGGCCUGAGGCGCCAAUAGAGCAGGGCCCACCCCGGGCGGGGGUUCCCCUCAGAGAAAGCCGCCUCGCCUCGCCUCUGGGGCGCCCAGCCGGGCAGGGCUGUGGCAGUUAUGGACUAAAGGAGGAGGAAGUCUUCAGCGUUAGGAAGACAAUAUGCCUGACCUUGCUCCAUUGACGUUAGCCUUUUCCAUGGCACGCUGUGAUAACUUAUGAGUUGAGCUGAGUUGCUUUGGCUCAGGAACUUGAUGCUUCUUUCCAGGUUGAGUUGCCAGAUUCACCAAUAAUACGUUCUAGAAGGCUGAAUGACUUGGUGCCAGAUUCACCAAUAAUAUGUUCUAGAAGACUGAAUGACUUGAGACCAUCUUCUACCUUUGAGCUCUUGAACUAGUCCUGGAGAAUGGUAUUCCAGAAGUCACCCGAUGGCGGAUGGGGCUGGGUUAUCGUACUCGUCUCCUUCUUCACCCAGUUCUUGUGCUAUGGAUCUCCAUUAGCUGUUGGAGUUUUAUAUCUAGAAUGGCUGGACAUUUUUGGAGAAGGGAAAGGAAAGACUGCGUGGGUUGGAUCCCUUGCAAGUGGUGUCGGUUUACUUGCAAGUCCCGUUUGCAGUGUGUGCGUCUCUACGUUUGGCGCAAGACCUGUAACCAUCUUCAGUGGCUUGAUGGUUGCGGGGGGACUGAUGAUGAGCAGUUUUGCACCUAACUUCUACUUCCUGUUGUUUUCCUAUGGAAUUCUUGUUGGCCUUGGGUGCGGCUUACUGUACACAGCAACAGUGACUAUUACGUGCCAGUAUUUUGAGAAACGCAGAGGCCUUGCCCUCGGCCUCAUUUCCACAGGAUCAAGUGUUGGACUCUUUAUAUAUGCAGCAUUGCAAAGAAAACUAAUUGAACUUUACGGGUUAGACGGCUGCCUGCUCAUUGUUGGUGCAUUGUCUCUAAAUAUACUAGCCUGUGGGUGUCUAAUGAGACCUUUGCGCUUGGAUGGAUCUUCCUUACCAGAGAAAUCAUGCCUCGAGAAGAUUCCAGACCAGUACCUCAUUUAUAACGAGAAAGAAAAGACUCUUUAUGAAGAAAAUGUAAAUAUACUGGAGAAGGCCAGCGCUGAAGAGAAAAAAAGCACAAAUAAACCACCCAGCAGUGAUUGUAAGCAGGACUUUCUUACGAACAAGAACAGAGUGUCAUCAGUAGCAUCGAAAGAGACAGAUGCUUACAAAAUGAAAGUUGCGGAACAGACAUAUUUCUGUAAACAGCUUGCCAAAAAGAAAUGGCACCUGUAUUUAGACUACUGGACAGAAACACUAGAGCUUUUUAAAAACAAAGUAUUUUCGUCACUUUUUAUUGCUAUCCUCUUAUUUGACAUUGGUGUAUUUCCUCCUUCAUUGCUCAUGGAAGACAUAGCCAGAAGUUCAAAUAUUAGUGAAGAAAACUGCAUAAUUCCGCUUGUUUCAAUCAUAGGCAUUAUGACUGCCAUUGGUAAACUUGCAUUAGGGAUAUUAGCAGAUUUUAAAUGGAUUAAUACUUUAUACCUGUACGUUCUAACGUUAAUAAUGACUUCGGCAGCGCUGCUUUUGAUUCCAUUUGCCCAAAGUUACAUUAUGCUGGCAAUACUUUCGGGGGUCUUAGGUUUCCUGACGGGCAAUUGGUCCAUUUUUCCAUAUGUCACAACAAAGACUGUGGGAAUAGAGAAAUUAGCACAUGCAUAUGGUAUAUUGAUGUUUUUUGCUGGACUUGGAAAUAGUCUGGGACCACCAAUUGUAGGUUGGUUUUAUGACUGGACAGAGUCCUACGACACAGCAUUUUAUUUUAGCGGACUUUGUGUCUUGUUUGGAGGGCUGCUUUUGUUGGUAGCCACGCUGCCAUGUUGGAACAGCUUAAGCAGCAGCCAUCACCCCGAAAAGCCACUUCCAAAUAUUUACUCCUACAAAAUUUCAGCCACUGCUUAGGUGCCAGCAAAGAGCCAUUGGUUGCCUUUUAUACCGCACAGCAAGGAGUUUUUAGUAAAUCCCCCCUUUUUAUUUAUGAAGCAAGAAACCUCUCUCUCUCUCGCUUUUUUGUAUUACUUUGCUUUUAGGUUGGACCCAGAGCCUCUGGCAUGCACAUGAGACUCUGUUCUAGCAAUGGCCAGCAAAGCUCCCUUUUGCAGAAGGACCAUUUCACAGGGAUAGCCAUCUUCAUCUGCACUGGAAGAGCAGGUUUUGAAUCCAAGAGCUCCUUAGAGACCAACAGGGCUUUAUUUUUUGUAGCAGGAACUCCUUUGCAUAUUAGGCCACACACCCCUGAUGUAGCCAACCCUCCAAGAGCUUACAGGGCUUUUAGUACAAGGCCUACUGUAAGCUCUUGGAGGAUUUGCUACAUCAGGGAUGUGUGGCCUAAUAUGCAAAGGAGUUCCUGCUGCAAUAAAAGCCGUCUCUAAAGUCCUACUGGAUUCAAAUCUAGUUGGCACAAUGAGUCUCUUUCCUUCCAAUUUCCAGCACUGAGAGAACUUUGCUUGUGCCUGCAUAGCUGAAUCGCAGCUGGUUUAUUGUAUCCAGAGUUCUUCAUGGGCCCAUUAAGAAUCUAUGAGUUAUACUUGGAACUGCUGCAUAAAUGCUCUCCUUUUGGCUUCAGUAUUAGGGGUGGGGGAUGCACAUGCAGAAUACUGAAUUAACAGGGAAGGUUUUACAUGCACAGAGUUUCUACAGAGACCCAUAGAAGUAUACUAUUCCCUAGAUUAAGGCCAGUGCGGGCUCUCUCCUGCCUUUCUUUUCUCCACCCUCUUUCCUUAUGGUAUAUUUUACUACAUUUGCACCAGUUUUUUUAAAAAAAUGAACAAAAUGUAUUUUAUACAAACUUUCUGUAUUGUAUAAACGUUUUUGCUUCUGUUUCACAAAGGACAGCACUUGCUUCUCUCAGAAAUUUUGAUUGCUCUGGUAAGGAGAGAGACUUAUUAGAGAAGACCUCAUCUUAUCAACCUGAAUGUAAUACAAACUGUUGGUGCUUGCUUCCCAAUAAGGUAGAUGCUUUCUAUUGUAACGUCUCGGUUGCUUAUGAAGAGGGAUUUUGGGUAGCACCAACGGUGAAGUAAACCAUGGGCUUGAGAUACCACUGAAGGAUGCUGCUCUCCAAAUAGUUUACUACUCUCCUUUUCAUGAGUCAGUUUUUUUUCUACAACUGAUGAACCCAAAGUCAUGAAACCAAGGAAUAAACACAAAUUGUGAAACCAAGUUCCAAAA